CUUCCUCCCCAUACCCUACGCCUCAAGUCAUUCUUCACCACCAAACUAAAAUCACUCUAAUCCUUUUCCAUUUUCAAUUUCUUCUCCUUCUCUUCUAUCUUUCCUCUCUCAGAGAACCAAUCCCUUCUACAGUCUCCAAUUCUCUGCGUACUGAUCUCCACUCCUACAUAAUCAACCUUCCUUUCUUCUUUUACUUACCUUCUACCGUUCCUAAAAAUGUGCGGAGGUGCGAUCAUCGCCGAAUUCAUCCCUCGCAACAGAAGUCGUCGCGUCACAGCUUCUGAUCUCUGGCCCAACUCUCCCUUCGCUAAUUUCAACGACGAUUUCGAAUCCGAUUUCCGUCGCUUCAGCGAGGAAGAGAACACCAAGAAACGCGCUUCUCCUUCAGGUGAUAGCUCUGGUGAAAACAACGGCAAGAGAAAGCGAAAGAAUCUGUACAGAGGGAUCCGACAGCGCCCAUGGGGGAAAUGGGCCGCCGAGAUUCGUGACCCUAGGAAAGGGGUUAGGGUUUGGCUGGGUACUUUCAACACCGCGGAAGAGGCGGCAAGGGCUUACGAUAGGGAAGCAAGGAAAAUCAGAGGAAAAAAGGCCAAGGUUAAUUUUCCCAACGAAGAUGAUGAAUACUCUGCUUCAAAUACCCAAUUGCCCUCUAAUCGGAAUCCCCAACCUUCGAAUCAGAACUUUUAUGGUGGUCUCCCCAAGAAUUUGGAUUUUGGGUUCCCCGGCAAUAAUCUGAAUCAGGUUGAAUCAUAUCCUGUCAAUAAUGGGUACUAUUGCGUCCCUCCUGCCAUGAAUCCAAACCCCCUCUUCUUUCAUCCUAAUGGAGGGGACAUGUGUGCUUCUGCGUCUAGAUCGGAGGGCACAGAUUCGUCCCCGAGCUUUAUGGGCAGCGGUCAGGAUGGCGGUGAUGCCUGUUUUGAACAUGUGACGGUGAAGGAGGAGACCCCAGAAACCAAGGGGACGUUGAUUGAUGACGACGAAGUUCAAAAGCUAUCGGAGGAGCUAAUGGCGUUUGAAUCCUACAUGCUGUACCAGAUUCCUUGUGACGGUGGUGUGGAGCAGCAGCCCUUCGCAACGUCGAAUCCCGUUCAGGAUGCCGUCGUGGGUGUGAACUCCAUUGAUCUAUGGAGCUUCGAUGAUGCCCCUGCUGCCAUGAACUAAAACGGGAUCUUCUUUACGACUCUUCCCUGAAAACCCUCGGUUAAACUUGUACAUAAUUUGGGAGAAUUUCUUUCUUUGAUCUCUGGUGGAUCUUCUGAUCGGUGCUCGUAGGUCCUUUAGGAUUUGCAAUUUUUGAAUUGUUAUUAGAUAAAUCGAAAGGGGAACGAUUUCAAACUUUCAUCAACCUUUGUUCAUCUCCCAAAUUAACUGUAUUUUGUUCUGUUAAUCUUUACUUUUAUGACAUAAUUGUUGUUUAAGGAUUUGUUCUUUGAUGAAAAAGAGUCGCAGUUAUUAGUUUUCUAUA